AUGAAGGAAAGAAUUGAAGAGUUAGAAGCAGCAUUGCGAAAUUGCGAGAUUCAGAUUGAGUACUUGGAAUCUAAUGAAGAUCGUCAAGCCAAGCAGUUGCACUACUUUCAGAACCAAAUUGAAACACAUACACGAAAACCUUCUGUUUCGAUUAAGCCUCAGCAUUGUCAAGGUGAUGCUUCAAUAUCGAAGAACCUUCAGGUCGGAUAUGGUUCUGGUCUUGGUGAUAAUCUGGUUGUCCCGGAUUUCGAUGAAGUAGCGGAGAAAGAUAAGAUGAAGGAAGAGUUACCAAAGCAGUUUGAGGAGAAAUGGAAAUGGAUUGAAGAAAAGUUUAGGGAGAUAGAAAGUAUCGACAGCUAUCGUGGAAUAGAAGCGAAAGAUCUGAGCUUAGUUCCGGAUUUUGUGCUUCCUUACAAAUUUAAGAUGCCGGAAUUCGAAAAAUACAAUGGAACUAGUUGCCCUGAGGCUCACCUUACUAUGUUCUGCAGGAGAAUGACGGGGUAUAUUAAUAAUGAUCAAUUAUUGAUACACUGCUUUCAGGAUAGUCUUACAGGCGCGGCGUUAAAAUGGUACAAUCAGCUAAGCCGAUCUAAAAUUGCUACUUGGAGAGAUUUGGCACAGGCAUUCAUGAAACAAUACGAUCAUGUCUCAGAAAUGAUGCCUGACAGGAUAACUCUGCAGAAUUUGGAGAAGAAAUCAAACGAGAGCUUUAGACAGUAUGCACAAAGGUGGAGAGAAAUGGCAGUGCAGGUGCAACCACCUCUUUUGGAGAAAGAAAUGACGACGCUUUUUAUUAAUACAUUGAAAGCCCCAUUCAUCACUCACAUGUUGGGAAGCGCUUCAAAGAAUUUCUCGGAUAUAAUCAUGAGCGGCGAAAUGAUCGAGCAUGCUAUUAAAAGUGGAAGAAUAGACGGAGGGGAGAACAAUAAAAGGACAGCCCCGAGGAAAAGAGAAAAUGAAGUGAAUAAUGUGAAUGCUUACAGUAAAUCAAUUACUGUAAGUCAACCAAGGAAAGCGGUCACUAAUCAACAGGGCUCAUCGAAGCAAGAGUCGGGAAUGAGGCAAAAUACUGAGAAGCCCCAGUUCACUCCCAUUCCAAUGACAUAUAAGGAGCUGUACCAGAAUUUAUUUAAUGCGCAUGUUGUCGCUCCUCGUUACUUGAGUCCUCUACAACCCCCAUAUCCAAAAUGGUAUGACACAAACGCUCAGUGUGACUAUCAUGCCGGAAUUUUAGGACACUCAAUAGAAAAUUAUACUGCUUUCAAGAAGGUAGUGGAAGGACUUAUCAAAUUGGGCGUUGUCAAAUUUGGUGAUUCACCUAACACGGAAAGUCCGUUGCCCAAUCAUAAUGAAGGGGUUAACGCGAUAAUUGAGAAUGGAGGAAGGAGAGUCAAAGCCAAUGUAGCAGAGAUAAGGACCCCCCUUGAAUGGAUUUGGAAGCAAAUGGUGAAAGGGGGUCGCAUCAAGCAAGAUUCAAUAGAAAGGCCUGAAGGAGCAAGUAAGUUUUGUGAGUUCCACGCAGAAGAAGGCCACGACAUCCAAAAAUGUACCGAAUUCAGAACCAUGGUGCAAAACUUAAUGGAUAACAAAGAGUUGGAGUUUUACGAAGAGAUUAAUGAACUAGAAGAAGGAGAAGUUUAUGCUGCAGAAGAAGGAUCCACGGGGAAAGUCCAAAAGGCUAGCCACCCAGUGGUAAUUAUUUCAAAACCAAUGAGCAGAGAAACUGGAAUUCAAAUAGCGCCAAAGAUCAUAAUCCAAAAACCUGUAUCCUUUCCUUACAAGGAUAGCAAAAAGGUUCCUUGGAAUUACGACUGCAAUGUGACAAUUUCAGGGAAAGAAAGCUUGGUAAACACUUCAGGAGAAGAUGAAGGAUUCUAUACACGAAGUGGAAAACGCUAUGAUCCGGAAAACGCGAGAGUGGAAUCCGGAAAAGGAAAAGCCUUAGCGGUUGAGUUGGGAAAAGCAAAAACAGACAAAAUUAAACCGCGAGUCAAUCAGCCGGUAACUGAAAAUGAGGCUAGAGAAUUUCUAAAAUUCUUGAAACAUAGCGAGUACAGCGUGGUAGAACAAUUGCAUAAACAAUCGGCUCGUAUUUGA